AUGGCUGACGUACCCGCACCAGAUGCCGGUGGUGGAGCAACCAACCCAAAUGAAAUGUUGGAAGCUCCUCAUCAAGUUGACAUUGAACAAAAGAUAUCACCUCAGGAAGCUUUAGAACCAGAAAAGGCUAAAGCAAACAAAAUUGCAGAGAGGGAAAACGAGAAUGAAAAACCAAGAGUUGUUGAUGAUGGCUAUAACAAUGGCAUUCAACGCUCAACACUCGAUCCAAAAGUGCAGCAAAACCAACACCAAAGGAAUACCGCUGCACAGCCACAACAAUUGGGUACCAGUGGAAGUUCCAAUGGUUACGACAACAAUGGAGGAGGAAAUAAAUCUCAGUAUCCUUCACCUCAAGUCGACAGCCAUCCCUCUCCACCAAUUGGUGCUGCUGGACAACAAAAGAAUGGAAUUCAGCAGCCAUUUGCACCGAUCCAGGGGCUUAGUGCACCUAGAACUCCACCUCCCCAACAGGCGCCUCCUCAAGUUCCCCAACAGGUUUCUCAACAAGGAAAACAAAGUAAUGGUGUUCCUCCCCAAGUACCUCAACAGGGAGCCUCGCCACAAGUUUUUAGACAACCACCUCCACAAGCGCACCCACAAGCUCCGCCGCAGGUACCUCAACAAAUCCCACCUUAUGUAGCUCAACAAGCACAUAAACAAGCACAUCAACAAGCACAAACUGGACAAGGCAAUGGCGCACAACAGGUACCUCAAAUUUCACCGAUUGACUCGCGCAAGUCGGCAGCACCACAGACUCAACGUACUCCAAAUGGAAUUAUUAGUCCCGUCUCGUCCACUACUGGUGUUGAAAAGCAAAGAACUUCAGACUCAUACAAGUCCAGUACUAAAUCUGUCAAUGUCAAUGUCAACCCCGAAUCGACAAAGACAAGCGAAACAAAAGAAACAAAGGAAACAAAAGAGAUAAAGGAGAUUGAAGAAAAAAAUGAUUCACCUCUUGGUAUCAAACAAAGCACCGGUAAAUUGGUGCCUAGUGAAGAUUUUGACAUGUCUAAUGUCAAAAGCAAACCACCUCCUAGGAAACCCGAGGACCCAACUUUUAGAGGCUGGAAAGAGGUUGGUGGGUACGAGGCUGAUGAUGCAUUGACGGCUGCCGAUGAAUCGGUUGACUUGUUAUCCAAAGGCUCAAUCUUUGACCAGUACUUACCAGCAGCACUCUAUGGAGACUGGUACCAUAAUGCAGGUUUCCUCAUUGUUGGUGGUUUGUUGUCCUGGAUAAUUGGAUGGUUUAGAUUUUCGGUUGCUCCGUUAUUUUUUGUUAUGGUUGCUUUUGCCUUGGUGUAUAGAGCUUCAGUCAAAAAAUACAGAGGAGUAUUGAGAGAAGCUGCGCAAAGAGAAUUUUCUGUAAAACACAUUGAAGACGAUUACGAGACUAUGGACUGGUGCAAUUACUUUUUGGAAAAGUUUUGGUACUUUUUAGAGCCUUCAAUUUCACAGAUUGUGUGUGAACAGGCAAAUCCUAUUUUGGCUGAGUCGCCUAUUCCAGCUUUUGUCAAGUCAAUCUGGAUUGAUAGCUUUACUUUGGGAACAAAGCCACCAAGAAUUGAUAAGGUGAAAACAUUGAUUGGUACUGCGGAUGAUGUCGUUGUUAUGGACUGGGGAUUCUCUUUUACUCCAAAUGCCAACGUCGACGCUAACAAUAAACAAUUGAAAAACAAUGUUAAUGAGAACAUUGUUGUUAAAGCAACAAUCUUUGGUGUCACAAUCCCAGUAACAGUUGCUGAUGUCUCAUUUAGUGGUGUUGCAAGAAUCAGAAUGAGGAUGAUGUCUUCUUUCCCACACAUUGAAACGGUUAAUGUCUCGAUGUUGGAACCACCAAAGUAUGACUUCAACACAAAACUUUUGGGCGAAUCUUCAUGGUGGUGGGAAGUGUUAUCUUUUCCCGGUUUGUAUCCUUUGAUAAAUGAAAUGGUUAAAAAGUAUGUUGGCCCUAUCUUAUUUGAUCCAAUGUCUUUCCAAUUGAAUGUGCAGCAAUUGUUGGCUGGUAAUGCAUUGGACUCGGCAAUUGGUGUAUUGGCUAUUAAUGCAGAAUCAGCAAGAGGUUUGAAAGGCUUCAAGACUCUCGGAAACACUUUGGACCCAUACUUGACAUUUGGAUUUAGAGAUAAGGUCUUGGAUAAGACCAAAGUCAUUAGUGACACCAGCUCUCCUGAAUGGAAGCAAAUUGUUUACAUUCCUAUUUCAUCAUUAUCGGAGCCAUUGACAAUCACAGUGGUUGAUUUCAAUGAUUUCAGGAAAGAUAGACAGGUUGGUGCUGUGCAAUUUGAUUUGGAAUCCUUUGUUGAUAACCCACAUCAACCACACCUCACUGCGGCAUUCUUGAGAAACAAUAAACCUGUUGGUGAACUUAAAUUUGGUAUGAAGUACAUGCCAACAUUGAUGCCAGUUAAGCAAGCCGAUGGUGCUACAACACCACCACCAGACUUGAAUACUGGUGUUGCCAGAAUUGAGAUUGUUGAAGCAAGACACUUGAAAGGUGGCGACAAAGGUGCGUCAACCAGUGCCGAGCUUUACUUGGACAACGAAUCUGUUCUUCAAACUCCUGUGCAAAAGAACACAAACACUCCAGGUUGGGGCGCAUCUGUUGAACGUAUUGUUUUUAAUCGUGCCAAGGCCAAGGCCAAGGUUAUCCUUAGAGAUAAACAUGGUAAACCUGUUGGUCAAAUUACUCAUAGUUUGAAUGAGUUGAUUGACGCUACUCAAGUAGAACUGACUUGGUUCCCAUUGAGUAGAGGAGGUGAGAUUAGAAUUCAAACUACUUGGAAAUCGGUUGAGAUGGAAGGCGCUAGCGGUGCUGGUGGAUACACUCCACCUAUUGGUGUUGUUAGAGUAGGAGUUGAGCAUGCGGAAGAUUUGAGAAACUUGGAAACAAUUGGAAAGAUUGAUCCAUAUGCAAGGCUCUUGGUUAAUGGAUUUGAGCGUGCUAGAACUGCUGCUGUGGAUUCAUCGUUGAAUCCAACUUGGAAUGAAAUCCACUAUGUUAGUAUUUCAUCACCAAACCAAAAAUUAACUAUUGAAGUAAUGGACGUUGAAGCACACUCGGCUGAUAGGACUUUGGGCUCAUUCGAUGUUAAAUUGAAUGAUUUCAUACAAAAGGACGAGUUGGGUCAAUACAUUGAACACGUUGAUAAAAAGCAGAGAACCUCCAAAUUGAUUCACAAAAAAGGUCCAAAAGGUUCAGUGACUUAUACUUUGUCGUUUUACCCAGCAUUACCUGUUAUGACUCAACAAGAUUAUAGAGAUGAAGCUGAGGAGAAGAAGAAGAUUGAAGAAGAGAAGGCGAAGGAAGCAAAAGAAAAUAAGGGCAAGCCUCCCAAGGAUGCCAAAGACAAAGAGACAGAAGCUGAGAAAGAGGAGGAAAGCAAGACAGAAGAAACCAUUGAUGAUGACGAGCAAGAUGAAGACAAUUAUAGCCAGAAGCUUAGAUUGGGUCUUGAUGAAUUGAUUGCAUACAAGAGUGGUAUCAUGGUGUUUGAGAUUAUGGAAGGAUCCAUCAGUAAAAGUGAUACAUUCUUGCAAGUUUAUUCCUCGAACCAAGGUUAUCCUGACUUUAUAACCAAAGAGCUCAAGAAGAAGCAGAGCAAGAUUGAAAUCACUGGUGAUACUGUAAUUACUCAAUUGGAGUGGGCAAAGACAUGUUUCCGUCUUGUUAAGAACCGCGAUGACAAUCGUGUUGAUAAAUGUAUUGCUGAAACUACGAUCCCUACUUUGCAAUUACUCAAAAAUGGAAGUAAGCAACCAAUGACUAUUGAAUUGGGAGAGAAUGGAUCCGGUAGUGCCUCAUUCAAGAUUUUGUUUUCUUGGAUUCCACUCAUCUAUAAAUCAGGCAUUCCACCUCAAGAUUCUAUAGACAACUCUGGUAUUCUCACGGUUGAAGUCCUCAAUGCGAAAGGUUUGCCUUCAGCUGAUAGAAAUGGUAAAUCUGACCCAUACAUGAAAGUGCAUCUCAAUAGUGAAGAAGAUGCAUUCUUGAAAACAAAGACCAUCAAGAGGACACUUGAACCAUCAUGGAAUCAGAAGGACCAAGUUGAGGUUGCUAACAAGUAUGAUUCAGUAUUGAAAUUUGUCUGUUGGGAUUGGGAUAUGGCCAACCCCGACGACUUGUUAGGUAUUGGUUAUGUUGAAUUGAGUGCUUACGAUAUGAAAGAGGGUUCAGUUGAAGUGGAGAUUCCAUUACAAGGUGAAGAAGGCGAGCCUGCUGGUACAGCAUGGGCGAAAUUGUCUUUUAAGCCAGAAUUUGUUCUAAACGUCAAACCAAAGUCACAAUCAGCAAUUGGAACCGUUGGCCAUGUAGGAAAAGGUGUUGGUAAAGGUGUUGGUCAUGUUGGUAAAGGUGUUGGAAAGGGUGUUGGAACGGUUGGAAAGGGUGUCAUUGGUGGGGGAAUCAAAGGUAUUAAGAAAGGAUUGCAUCUAGGGAGCCUGAAGUAG